AUCAUCAUCAUCAUGGCCUCCUCUGCAGCAUCCAGGAUCACAUUUGAAACCCUCCACAAUAAAAGCAGUGGGCGUGGUUUAUCAUUCGAGCGCACAUUUUGUGUCGACCAAUCACAGUCUCCUAACAGAGACGCACCUGAGUAGCUGCCAGAGCGCGAGGCGGUCCGCCUGUAUAAAAAGCACGAGUCCCACAUGUUCUUCAUCCAGCAUCAGUCUCUGCUCCCAGUCGGACCUACAUCUCUCUUCCUCUCAGAGCCACCACCAUGCACCUGAGCGCACACGAGUCGUGCCAUUCCCUGGUGGUGCUCUGCAUCCUCCUGAGGAGUUGCCAAACCUUGAAGAACGACGCCACGGAGCUCCUGUUCUCGCAGGUGAGCGCUCCGGUGCCGCCGCCGGAGGUUCAGAGCAACGUGACCCUGAACCGAGCACGGACCGGCGGCCGAGGAGCGGCCGGAGGGGGGCAAGACAGAGACAGAGACAGAGACAGAGGCGAACGAGGCCAAAUCGGAUGCAGAGAGCUGAGGUCCACUAAGUACAUCUCUGACGGCCACUGCACCAGCAUCAACCCCAUCAAGGAGCUGGUGUGCGCUGGCGAGUGUCUCCCAGCUCAGAUGCUUCAGAACUGGAUCGGCGGCGCCUACGGCAGGAAGCUCUGGGGUCGCCGGGGCAGCAACCAGGACUGGCGAUGUGUCAAUGACAAGACCCGCACCCAGCGCAUCCAGCUGCAGUGUCAGGACGGCAGCACGAGAACGUACAAAAUCACUGUGGUCACCUCCUGCAAGUGCAAGAGGUACUCGAGGCAGCACAACGAGUCCGGCAACAAGUUCGAGGAGCCGGCUCUGUCGCCGCCGCAGCUCCUGCACAAGCACAAGUCCAAGAGCAAGAGGAGGCUGGGGAAGAACCGGCUGAGUGAGAACUGGCACGACGCUGAACCCUGAGAGCCGGCAGACUCUGAAUCCACAUAAACCUACAGGAGUUUUGUCUCGGUGAUAUUGAGACAUGACGUCCAGAGCUUGUGGAUUAUCUCUCAAAGUGACUGGGACUUGAUUUAGGUGAAGCUGGUUCCUCACUAUGAUGGAGAACUCCAGAUGGCAUGCUAAGGACUUUUUAAUACAUGUGGUUAAAAGAUAAUGUGAACAGAACUGGGGCCUUCUGGAGCCCCGAGCCAACACACAUUGUCCCACAUGUAGCCAUGUGCAUGCGUUCCUAUAUAUUCAUUCCAUAUACGCAGAUGGGGAUCCGUAGUUUAGGCACCAAUACCAGUAAACAGCAACCAUCUCAAACAAUCCUGUGUAAAUACUUGUACAUAUAUCAAAUUCUUACUUGCCUUUUUGAAGUAUGGCCAUGUGUAUAAAAUUUUACUAUGUAAGAUUUAUGAUGUAUGAUGUAAUAUAUUUUCUGUGGCAACAUAUAAUAUGAUCUGUUUUGUUUAAGUGGCGUCAGCAUGUGAGUGAAACCAGGAAAAGCUUUGUCAUCAAUCAGUCUUGUAAUAACUUUAUAUGAAAUAAAUAUCACUUUUUAUCACG